AUGGUCACCGACGAACUCAGCACAGCGUUCAGGAAAGAUGGCUUUGUUACAAUUGAAGGGUUCUUCACAGAGGAUGAGUGUGACUCCCUGAGAGCACGGAUAUCAUACAUUAUUGAUGAGAUGGUGGUCCCCCAAGACCUUCACACUGAAUUCUCAACACAAGAAAUGGAGCAGCUUAAAACUCAGGGAAGCAAAGAUUACUUCCUGACAAGUGGGGACAAAGUUCGAUUCUUUUUUGAAAAAGGAGUGUUUGAUAACAAAGGUGACCUUCUUGUACCAAAAGAGAAGUCCUUAAAUAAAAUUGGACAUGCUCUUCAUGCCUUGGAACCUACAUUCAAAAAUCUCACACAUUCACUCAAAGUGCAGGAAGUAGCCCGGAAGUUGGAACUAAAGGAACCUGUCAUUGUGCAGAGCAUGUAUAUCUUCAAGCAACCAGGAAUUGGUGGUGAAGUGACCCCUCAUCAGGAUGCCACCUUCCUAUAUACAGAACCUCUUGGACGCAUCACUGGUUUUUGGAUUGCACUGGAGGAUGCAACUGAGGAGAAUGGCUGCCUUUGGUUUAUCCCCGGCUCCCACACAGCUGGUAUUACACGGAGGAUGUUGCGUGCCGCAAAAGGAGAGUAUCCUCUGAUCAAAUUUAUCGGAAAGGAACCUGAUUAUCUAGAUGAUGACUUCAUCCCUGUUCCAGUUAAAAAAGGUGGGCUUGUCCUCAUUCAUGGACAGGUUGUGCACAAAAGUGCUUCCAACACAUCUGAUAAAUCACGGCAUGUCUACACUUUCCACCUGAUGGAAUCCCAGGAUAGUCACUGGAGUGAGGAGAACUGGUUGCAGCCAACUCCAGAACUACCGUUCCCACCUCUGUACUCUUAA